AUGAGCGCAUUUGGAGCCUCAGACCAUGGCAAACCUCAGAGUGCCUACAGCGGCGAAGCUGCCCAGCAGUUUAUUAUGCCUACUAUCAACGUUCCCAGCCGGAGACCCUUCACAGAAACCGGGAAAAGCCUUGGAAGGCUCAAAAUCCUCUUGGCUGGCAGGUCAGGCCUAGGGAAAACCGCCUUGAUCCGAGCGAUAACCCAAUCAUGCUCUCACAUUGUUCACGUCGAUCCUACCAUGCCGGUUGCGAUGGCGUCCGCAGGCUUGCUACCGGCAAAUACGCUACCCAAUGAUCCUCCUAUUGUCCAGGGCACUUUCCAGAUAACUGAGACCUUUGCCAGCACCAAGCCGUACCCACCUUGGUGGAAGGAAUCGGUGCAAACAAGUUGUGUAUCUGGCACUGGCAGUGUCGAUGACACAAUACUAGAAAGAAACAUAUGCCUGGUGGAUACACCGGGCUACCAGGAAACAUGCCGACCCGUGGAUACCGUCGGUCAGGUUUCACAAUACGUUGAAUCUCAUCUUCAGAAGAACCGCCUUGACGGUCUGGAGGAUCCAGAUGUCUUGAAAACAAUUGGUGGAAGUGGCGGCUUACUUGUCGAUGCCGUGCUCUACACAAUACCAAGCUCAGCUGAGGCAGGUCUCAGAUUGUUCACUUUUGCUCCCACGACACCCAACGCGCAAGCACCAGAUAUAUACGCCAUAUCGAGCGAGUUGGGGUCAGACCACGACGUUAUGGACGCGAGUCUGCUCAUGAGCUCUGACGUAGACGGUGCAACAUGGCUCCGUCAUGCCGCUGCAACAAAGCUCUUGGGCUGGCGCCUUCGCCGUCCCAAGACCAGCAACAGUUCUGCAGGCCUUUCUCUGCAGACGGAUGGAUGUACGGAGAGGCGAUUACUUCGCACCCGGACAGGGCCUUUGACACCGCUCACCAUGAGCUGCGUGCCAAACUAUGCUCGUUACGAGGAGAGGUUCUGCCGAGUACAGCUCAGUGACUGGGCAGCCGAUCUGCAACGCAGCUUAGCCAAUGAGAGGGCGAUUCGGGAGAGGAGGGCGCGGGAACAGGCGGAUAUUUGGGUGAGGGAAUCAUGUCGGGAUAGGCGUUCCGCCCCGGGCGUCAAUGGCGGUACGGCUAUGGCGUUGACGCUGACCCGGGGAGGGAGAGACCUUAGACGCUCUAUUGGUAGUAGGAGGCACAGCACAGGCUCGGAUCAAAACUGGGCGUUAGUGCGACGUCAGGACCCCUUAGGCUUGCUGCAGCUCAAGGCCGAUUUCAAGUGGCAGAGCUGGAAUACCUUGGAGAUGGUUGGCGGUCUUGGGCUUAUUGGGGGCCUAGCGUGGCUUUUCGUCUAA